AUGGAAAAACGUCGCGUUGCUAUUGUUGGAGCAGGCUCUUCUGGCCUCACAAGUAUCAAACAAUGUCUUGAAGAUAAUCUCGAACCUGUUUGUUUUGAAGCAUCUGAUCAUACUGGUGGACUUUGGCGUUAUACAGAAGUAAAUGAGAAAAAUAAGGAUCCACAUUCUUCUAUUUAUCAGAGCGUUGUCAUUAAUACUAGUAAAGAAGUGAUGGCUUUCACUGAUUUUCCUGUUCCUUAUGAUUGGCCAUCUUUUUUACAUAACAAAUACGUUGUUAAAUACUUUGAUAUGUAUGCGGAAAAGUUUAACCUUUUACCAUAUAUCAAAUUUAAUUCUCCAAUUCAACGCUUGUCAAUUCGUCCCGAUGGUCGAUGGAAUGUUUGUUAUUUAAAUAAAGAUAAGAAUGAAGAACAUGAAGAAAUAUUUGAUUAUGUAAUGGUUUGUAUUGGGCAUCAUCGUUAUCCAAGAAUUCCUAAAUACAUAGGAAUGGAUAAGUUUACCAAUAAACAAAUACAUUCUCACUUAUAUCGUCGUGCUAGCGAUUAUGAAAAUAAACGUGUUCUUGUUGUAGGAUGUGGAAAUAGUGGGAUGGACAUUUCCGUUGAAUUAUCCAGUGUCGCGUCUCAAGUAUUUUUGUGUUCACGAAGAGGAUUUCUAAAAAAUUGGUUAAUCGAAUUUAUUGCAAAUUAUACAGUUGGUCCACAUCCUCAAGGAUUUAAACCAAAGACACCACCAAGUGCAAAUCAUCCAACUGUUAAAUCUGAUUUUCUUGAGCGCGUUGCAAUUGGUGUAAUUAUACCUAAGCCUGAUAUUGCUGAAUUAAAGGUCGAUAAUUCAAUCGAAUUUGUUGAUGGGAGUGUAAUUGAAAAUAUUGAUGCAAUUAUUUAUGCAACUGGAUAUGAUUUCGUUAAUAUUCCAUUUAUGGAUAAAGAAAUUAUUUCCGGUGGUAAAGAAGUUGAAAAUCAAUUUGGAAAUGAAGAAUAUCAAGAGAACUUAGUUUGGUUAUAUAAAUUUAUUUUUCCACCAAGGAUUACUAGUAUCGCUUUUAUCGGAUUUGUUCAAGCAAUUGGUGCUAUAAUGCCUGUUAGUGAUUUACAAGCACAAUAUGCAACAAGUUUCUGGACUGGUAACUUAUCUAAGACACCAACACCUGAAGAAAUGGAAAAAGACAUAAAGAAAACCCAAGAUAUUAUAAGAAAACGUUAUUAUCAUUCAGCAAGACACACUAUUCAAGCUGAUAUGAUUCCUUACAUGGAUGAAUUAGCAAAAGAUAUGGGUUGUUUACCUUAUCCAUCAAAAAUUUUAUUCAAAUUUGGUCCAAGAUUGUGGAAACUAGUCCUAUUUGGCGUGCCAACUCCUAUUCAUUAUCGUUUACUUGGAAGACAAGCUUGGAAUGAUGCACCGGAAGCGAUUAGGAUAUACAAUGGAUGCAAGCCCUCACUUUCAACUUUGAAAAAGAAUAAAUAG